UAGUGCAUCUAAGUACAUGAGUAUGCACUGUUCCAAAAGCAGCUUUGGAAUUAAGCAAUCCAAACAUGCCUCUGCUAGAAAAAGCAGACGACUUUGAUUUAACCAGUCAAAACCCAGUUUCUACAAUUAAUCAACCAACUAAAACUCAAUUUAAUCCGUAAUGAUAAUGUAGCUGCUAGCUGCUAGUUGCAAGUUCACAGCAAACCCAGCAACCCAGUUUCAGCCGCCGUCCCCGCCAGCACAAAAUCUACCAAUGUUGCCAACGGGUGUUCUGCAACCGGUGUCAUUUACAGAGUUGGUCGAAAUUUAUAGGUACUAUCGAUCCGGACUGCAAUCGGAAUUCCUUGAAGGCGUCGCCGUUCCCCUAAAUCCCAUUAACAACAACCGCGUCGAUGAUCAAAGUGGUCAUCCACCGUCUAUUCUGUCUCCUGCGCCGUCGGAUCUCGAUCCUGAAAUCCUUGAAUUGAUUCGGACACUCGAUCCCGCCGUGAUCGAAUGGAUUAGGAAUCCCGACCCUGCCUUCCUCGAUGAGAUUCGGAAGAGUCGGGAAUUGAGUUUGAAGGAAAAGGAGGACAAAGAAGGGAAGGAGAGAGAGACUCAAGAAGAAACUAAGAAGGAGAGAGAGAGCGAAAAGAGCGAAAGCGGCAGCGGGGGAGGAGGGAAUGGGAACGGUGGUGAGGUGGUGAAGGAGGUUGUUGAGGAGAGUAGCACAAGUAAACGCUCUCGUAGAAGGAAAAACAAGCUGAUGAAGGUGUCCAAGGACAAGGCAAUGCAGGGGGAAGAGUUGGCAGAGAAGCAAGACCAGACCGAAAGCAAGGAAAUAAUUGUUGGCGACUUUGUGUUGGAGGUGUCUAACGACAAGGCAAAGCCGAGGGAAGGGUUGGCAGAAAAGCAAGACCAGACCGAAAACAAGAAGGUGUCUAAGGACAAGGCUAAGCAGCGGGAAGAGUUGGUAGAGAAGCAAGUCCAGACCGAAAGCAAGAAGAAGGUGACUAAGGACAAGGCAAAGCAGAGGGAAGAGUUGGCAGUGAAGCAAGACCAGACCGAAAGCAAGAAGGUGUCUAAGGAGAAAGCAAAGCAGAGGGAGGAGUUUGCAGAGAAGCAAGACCAGACCAAAAUCAAGGUGUCGAAGGACAAGGCAAAGCAGACAGAAGAGUUGGCAGAGAAGCAAGACCAGACCGAAAGCAAGAAGAAGCUGUCUAAGGACAAGGCAAAGCAGAAGGAAGAGUUGGCAGAGAAUCAAGACCAUACCGAAAGCAAGAUGAAGGUGUCUAAGGACAAGGCAAAGCAGAGGGAAGAGUUGGCAGAGAAGCAAGACCAGACCGAAAGCAAGAAGAAGGUGUCUAAGGACAAGGCAAAGCAGAGGGGAGAGUUGGCAGAGAAGCAAGGCCAGACCAAAAACAAGAAGAAGGUGUCUAAGGACAAGGCAAAGCAGCGCGAAGAGUUGGUAGAGAACCAAGUCCAGACCGAAAGCAAGAAGGUGUCUAAGGACAAGGCAAAGCAGAGGGAAGAGUUGGCAGUGAAGCAAGACCAGACCGAAAGCAAGAAGAAGGUGUCUAAGGACAAGGCAAAGCGGAGGGAAGAGUUGGCAGAAAAGCAAGACCAGACCGAAAACAAGAAGAUGGUGUCUAAGGACAAGGCAAAGCAACGCGAAGAGUUGGCAGAGAAGCAAGUCCAGACCGAAAGCAAGAAGAAUGUGUCUAAGGACAAGGCAAAGCGGAGGGAAGAGUUGGCAGUGAAGCAAGACCAGACCGAAAGCAAGAAGGUGUUUAAGGACAAGCCAAGGCAGAGGGGAGAGUUGGCAGAGAAGCAAGGCCAGACCAAAAACAAGAAGGUGUUUAAGGACAAUGCAAAGCAGAGGGGAGAGUUGGCAGAGAAGCAAGGCCAGACCAGAAACAAGUAUUGCCCAGGACAACGUAAAAGGGAACCCUCUGUAGCUCCAGCUCUGAAACUUAACUUUUUGGGCCUGCCAAUUCGUCCGGGGAAGAAAGAUUGUUUGCACUAUAUGCGAACUGGCACUUGCAAGUAUGAAAACAACUGCUUGUAUAAUCACCCUGAUCCUACACCUGCAGAAGAAUCUCACCCACAAUUCGCUUAUGAAUCUCAUGGGAUUCAUUCCAAAACUACAGAAUUCAUCACUCCGUAGAGCUGGGACUGAUGCUACAAUUCCGCAACAGCCUGAGUUAUAAGUUUUGCAUGAAACGCCAGCUAGACUUGGAAAUGUAUCAAACCUUGUCACCCAGCUGCCAGCGGUCUUUCGGAUGUAAGAACUUAAUUGAAGCCGGAGAAUGUAAAUUAUUUCGUAUUUGAUGUGAUUUUACUAGAAAAUACAGGUUAAAUUUGGGGAGUAUCCUCUCAACUUUGCUUUGUGGUUAUGGUCACUUCCCAAUUAUCUUUGAUUUGCUUGUUAGAUAAUCCUACAGAAGUGAUUGUGUUUAACUAUUGACCUCCAAACCAAACAAACCCCAACAAGGGGGAAGAAUUGCUGGAUGAACUCAGACAUUUUAUUUUUUGAA